CACAACUUUGCCAUCCGACCGCCACGAGUGAGGAUAGCGACGGGAUGGCUCGAAAAUCCACGGCCUCGUCUGCAUCAACGACCACUGCAAGAAAACGGAAGUCAACAGGGGACAUACCCAAUGAUGCGUCGACGAAGGAUGUUAAACGGCCACGCACGACGCUCGACAGUUUCUUCUCCCCGCAGGUUCCCGUGUCGAGCAGCUCGAAGGGCGACCCAGAUGCUGGUGCCCGAGACUCUGUGGCGCUGAAUGACGAACAGAGGAAGGUUCUCCGGAUGGUCGUAGACGAGGGAAAGAACGUCUUCUUCACUGGUGCAGCUGGCACUGGGAAGAGUUUGCUCCUGAGGGCCAUCAUAUCCGCUCUGCGCAGAAAGCACGCGAAGAAGCCGGAGGUCGUCUCCGUCACUGCGAGCACGGGUAUGGCUGCUUCGAACAUCGGAGGGAUGACAAUCCACUCGUGGGGCGCUGUUACGCCUGGCAUGACUAACAUCGAGAGGCAAAUUAGCUGUAUCAAGACCUGCAAACCAGCUUUUCAGCGCUGGAAGACGACCAAGGUGCUCGUCGUCGAUGAAAUCUCUAUGGUGGAUGGAGAGCUAUUCGAGCUGCUCACUUCCCUUGCUGACAGGCUGCGGAGGAAGACAGACAAACCAUUCGGGGGUAUUCAGGUUCGUCAAAGCAUACGCUGGUAUCUGCCUUCCUGAAGCUUCAUCCCAUAAUAGCUCGUCAUCACUGGCGACUUCUUCCAGCUACCGCCAGUCACAAAGUCAAAC